AUGCCUGUGAAUUCUAGCCGAUCCGCGCACUACGAGCAGCGCGAAUCGCACAAAGAUUUACUGCCGGAGCUGCGAUCCUGCCGAGAUCUUACGCAGGCCAAGCGCCUCCAUUCUCUCAUCGCUCCCCGCCUCCACAGCGAUAAGUUCCUGGCCAAUCUGGUGGUACAGAUGUAUGGCCGGUGCCAUAGCGUGGAGGAAGCUAGGGCCGUUUUUGACGGCAUCCGCGAGCCCGAUCUAUACACCUGGACACUCAUGCUCGUCGCAUAUGCCCAAAACGGGCAUCUGGAAGAUGCAAAACUAAUGUUCGAUAGGAUGCCCGUCCGUAACUCCGUGUCGUGGAACGCCUUGUUAGUGGCUUAUACGAAAGCUGGGUAUUUAACUCAAUCCUGGAAUUUGUUUCAGGAAAUGCCCGAAAAAACCGUGAUAUCUUGGACAACUAUUCUUCAGGCAUAUGCCCAGGAAGGGAAUCUCGAGGCUACCAAGCACACGUUUGAUACCAUGCCAAAAAAGAAUAUCUACAGCUGGACGGUGAUGAUGCAAGCAUACAUUGCAGGUGGAAGGCUGGAUCACGCUCAGAGUAUCUUUGUCUCAAUGCCUUACCGAAACACAGUGUCCUGCACUGCUAUGGCCGCAGCAUAUGCCCAGGAUGGGAAUAUUCCUAAAGCUGAAGGUAUUACGAGCGGCAUGCCGAUUUUGGACCUGGUUUCACAGAACGCAAUGGUGGCGGCAUUUUCUCAAAGAGGGUUUGUGGAGGAGGCCAAGAAAACGUUUGAUGGAAUGCUGGAGAGAGAUAUCAUCUCUUGGAGUGCAUUGCUACAAGCUUUUGUGGAAAAUCAAGACUUGGAAAAAUGCAAUAGAGUGUUUGAUAGAAUGCCCGAGCACAAUCUAGUGGCUUGUAAUUCUAUGAUAUCUGCUUACGCCCAAAGUGAUUGCCAUUGCGAGCAAGCCAAAUCUUUAUUUGAUAAGAUGCCCGAGCGAGACGUUCUUUCAUGGACGUCGAUCAUGCAAGUUUUUGCGCAGCAUGGGCAUCUUGAAGAUGUCAAAGUAUUAUUUGACCAGAUGCCGAUGAAAGACGUUAUAUCAUGGACUUUGCUCCUCCAUGCAUAUGCCCGGGAAGGGCAAAUGGUGUGCGCACAGGGAGUAUUCGAAAGUAUGCCGCUGGACGAUGCGGUGCCUUGGAACAUCCUCGUUGGCGGAUAUUCUCAGGCUGGGGACGUGGCAGAGGCCCGCAGCGUUUUUAACAAGAUUCCCGAAAGAAAUAUUCUCUCCUGGAAUUCCAUGGUUGUGGGAUAUGCCCAGAACGGGCAUCUUGACGGGGCAAGAAAUCUCUUCGAGAAGAUGUCCAAACGGACGCUUGUGACAUGGACGGCUUUGAUUGCUGGAUAUGCUCACUUUGGUCAUGGACGUGAUGCCAUCCAAAUCUUCCAUGAAAUGGAGGUGGAGGGUAUUGAUCCAGACGACCUUUGUUUUUUGAAGGUGAUAUCAGCUUGCACCCACAUUGGUUUGCUAGAGAAAGCGCUAAAUUAUCUCUUAUCUAUGAGCUCCGAUCAUUGUCUAGAACCCAGCCAAGAACACUAUGUCUGCGUUGCAGAUGGCUUUGGGCGGAUUGGAAACUUGAAGAGGGCGGAAGAGGUGAUUUAUGGCAUGCCAUACAAACCAAACGCCGAGGCUCUUGGAGCUCUGCUUGGUGCUUGUAGAAUCCAUCCACAGAACUCCCCCACGAUUGGAAAAAGAGCAGCGAAUCAAGUUCUCAGAGAUAACAAUCCCAAGGACGUCCAUCGUUUGCUCCAUAUCUUCACGUAA